GUAGCUAACACUGUCAUUGGCUCGCCACAUUGACGUUCCCAGAGACAGCGUUCUCGAGGAGACCGGAAGUGGAGUCUUGGAGAGGUUUCCCAAAAUGGAGAGAAAAGUAAGCAAAAUCUGUCUUGCUUCUGAACCUAAUGUAAUUCAUUUUCUACAAGUGUCAUGGGAGAAAACACUAGAAUCUGGUUUUGUCAUCAUACUUACUGAUGGUCAUUCAGCAUGGACUGGGACAGUUUCUGCAUCAGAGAUUUCCCAAGAAGCUGAAGACAUGUCAAUGGAGAAAGAAAAAUAUGUUGACGAACUGGGGAAAGCAUUGGUGUCAGGAGCAGGAUCGAUGGACACAUACAAGUUUAAUUUUUCUAAAGAAUCUUGUCAUUUCUCUUUGGAUAAAAGCCUGAAAGAUGUAUCAUUCAGACUUGGUUCCUUCAACUUAGAGAAAGUUGCAAACACAGCUGAAGUCAUUAGAGAAAUUGUUUGUUACUGCUUGGACACCAUUGCAGAAAACCAAGCCAAAAAUGAGCACCUGCAGAAAGAAAAUGAAAGGCUUCUGAGAGAUUGGAAUGAUAUUCAAGGACGGUUUGAAAAGUGUGUGCGUGCCAAGGAAGCACUGGAGUCCGAUCUUUAUAAAAGGUUUAUUCUUGUGUUGAAUGAAAAGAAAACAAAGAUCAGAAGCCUGCAUAAGCUGUUAAGUAAAUUUCAAGAAUUGGAAAAAAACACUGAAGAUAACAGAGAAGCUACAACCUUCUCUGAAGUAUCUGCUGACCAAGAUGCAAUUUAUGAUGAAAGCACAGAUGAGGAAGGUGGAAACAUGAGUGGCCCAUCUGUACUGGAUUCAGCCACAUUAAGUAAAGAUGACUCCAUUAUUUCAAACCCUGAUGUCACUGAUAUUGCACCAAGUAGGAAGAGGAGGCAACGAAUGGAAAAAAAUCUUGGAACAGAACCUAAAAUCAUUCCUCAGGAUCAUCAACUUCCAGAGAAGGAAAAGUGUGACCCUUCACUGCCUGAGACAUUGAAAAAGGAGCACAUCUCUGCUGAGAACAUGUCUUUAGAAACUCUAAGAAACAGUAGUCCAGAAGACCUCUUUGAUGAGAUUUAACAAUCCUUAAAAGUACUUCGCUGCUCACUGGACUGUGAUUUUUACUCAUUUCUUCAAAAUCAAAAAGGAAUAUGUCAAUUCAGCCACAGAUAUUACUGUACCUUAUAUCUUAAUUUCAUGUAUGCUUAGUUGUAUGCAUCCAUGCACAUGUUCAUGAAAAUAUGACUGGAUGACAGUGGUAUGCUAUGCUAAACCAUUCCCCUUGUCUAUAAUGACAUGAAAUCUGACACAUUUAUUGUGUUUGUUCAUGAAUAUUGUAUGUAAUAGCUGUCUUUUCAAUGUCUACAGUUCCUUUAGGUUAGUAAUAUUCUGAACAAGGAGAGAUUUUAAUUUGUUGGAGGAUAUGUAGAGUGUCUUUAGUUUGUACAUAAUGAUAGUAAAAUUUUUGUAGC